AUCAAAGGUAACAGAUUCGUAACCGCGGUUAAGUAUUAUCAGAUACUGGUAUCAGCAUGAACAUGUGUUUUGAUUGAAAUGUGAUAAUGAAAUCAAUAAAGUAGUAACUUGUCUGGACUUCUCUCUGAUAUUUAUAAAUUACUAAUAAUUACAAUUAUAUUUAAAACUGUUUAUUAUAUUUUAUUAUUUAAGAGUACCAUAAAUAAUAGUUAAUUAGACAUUACAAAUUUACAUAAAAAAAUAUUGUAUACUGGAAAUUAAUUAUUACUGUUAUGCUAGCCAUUAAUAUCACAAAAAGUCGCCUUAAUCGUUUAUGGAAAAUCCCAAAAACUUUGUUUCUAAAAAAACCUUCAAUAUAUGUCAACUAUAAUUCUAAGUAAGAAUUCUUGGCAUAAUUCUAGUUUAGCAACCUAGUGAUUUUUUUUCAAAAUUUGUAUUUUAGAGUGCACAAUAAGAAUGUAAAAAGUUUCGAUUUUCCGUCACAUAUUUGUUAUUUAUUUUCAACAAUAAAUCUGAGAAUAUUUUCGUUAAAACGAAAAAUCAUUAAUGUCAAUUUUCAAAUGUUUUGAAUUCGUUUUGAAAAAGCUAUUUUUCAAGUUUAACACAAAAAAAUGUUUAAACCAAGUAUGAUAGGUAAGUUUUGUUUUUACCAAUCGAUUAAUCAUUAAAAAUUAUACAUUUUCAAAAUAAUUAAUUUUAAGUAUUCUUUUUUAAAAAUGAGUAUUAUUGAAAACCUAAAUUUUUUAAAGUUUGUCACCCUUAACUAUCAUAUAAAGUUUAUCAAACUUUUUACAUUUUUAUGAUUCACACAAAUUAAAAUGUUGAAAAAAAAGAACUGCCAAGUUGUUAAACUAGAAUUGUCCCGAAUUCUUUAGAAUGUUCUGUAUUAUUAUUAAGUAUUAAUAGGUAUUUUCAGAACUCAAUAUUAAAUUUUUCUUCUAAAACUAUGGAAACGACCAAGAAUCGUUUAGCUCAGGAAAGAUCACCUUAUCUUCUGCAACAUGCAGAAAAUCCAGUGCAAUGGUUUGUAAUAUAAUUAUUUUGUUCAGUUAAACUAUAAAUUAAUCAAAAAUUUGAUUUAGGUAUCCAUGGGGUGAUGAAGCCUUUGAGAAAGCUCGUAGUGAAAAAAAGCUUAUUUUCUUGUCAGUUGGUUAUUCCACGUGCCAUUGGUGUCAUGUCAUGGAACACGAGUCAUUUGAAAAUCCAGACGUUGCUGCUAUCAUGAAUGAACAUUACGUGAACAUUAAAGUAGAUCGAGAGGAACGGCCUGAUGUAGAUCAACUAUACAUGACUUUUGUUCAGGUAUUAAUAAACCUACGUUUUUUGUAUGUACAUAUUUAUUUAUAUACAAAUUGUCUAGAAAGAUUGAACAAAGUUGAAUUCGUUUGAAUGAAUUUAAAAAUAAUAUCUUAUAUCAAUACAUUUUAUAAUACAUAAUAACCAAAUAAUUUAUAAUCCCUCCUAUUAAAAUAAAUUAUUUCUAUUUUCUAUUUAAAACAACCAAUUUGUAUAGUUAAUAUUUUUUCUAUUUAUUUCUUUAUUUAAUUUAAUUUAAUUUUAAUUGGGAUUGAAAUUUAUUUUAAGUCACGUUUUACAUUUUGACUGUAAUAUACCUGAUUAUGAAUUUUGAAAUCGAAACCGGUCGUAUAAUACAUUUAUCAUACUACAUUCCUUCAUUUAUUUAUAUAUUUAUUUACGAGUAUUAACCAUUUUAAUAAUUUUGUUUUUACUUAAUUGUUUUGUUAUUAAUUUAUGUGUUAUAAAAUAUAUUUACACAUUUUUAAGUAUAUAAUACUAAUUGAGUUGUUAAGUAAAAUAUUAAACAAAAUAAAUUUUGUUUAAUCAAUUCAUCUGUAAAGUAUAUUGUAUUUUGAAUUAUUUAUACAUAUGCUAUUAGGCUAGCAUAUGAUUACAGUAAAUAUAAUACAAUAACAAUAAUAAUAAAUAGAUAAUUAUUUUUAUCCCUAUUUAGGCAGCAUCUGGGCAAGGAGGAUGGCCAAUGAGUGUAUUUCUAACACCAGAUUUGAAUCCAAUUGGAGGUGGUACAUAUUAUCCUCCUGAAGAUGCAUACGGUCGUCCAGGAUUUAAAUCCAUUCUUCUACAUAUGGCUAAAAGAGUAAUUUAUAUAUUAUACUCAGUUAUCAUAUCAAUAAAUAUGUAUUUAAAGUAAAGCAAAGUCAGCAGACCAAAAAUAUUAUAAAUAUUGUAUUGAUCAAAGCAUCCUCCUUAUCGCAUGUUAUACAAGCUUUAAAAAAGUUUGUAGACUAAUAGUUAGACAAAUUAUUAAUUAUUAUAAUAUAUACCAAUAGGAAAUUAUUCAGAGAAUUAAGAAUUAAUUGUAUUAAUUUAAAAAAGUGUUUACCUUUUCUUCUCCCAUAAAAAAUUGUUAAACUUAGAAUCAACUGUGAACAACAUACAAAUAUUCUUUUCUGUCAAAUUUAAUGGUUUUAUUAUAACCGUCUUUUACUUCCAAUAUAUAUAUUAUUAACCAUGUUUCAAAUAAAAUUGUUGAAUCCAACCUAACCCAAUUAGAUUUUCUGUAACUUUGCCGUCUAAGCCACACAAUGUUAUAUCUGAGUUGUUUAUUUGUAUGAAUUUUAUUUAAAAAUGUUAACAUUUCAAAAAAUUAUAGUUAUUUAUUAUUAAUUUUUAAUUAAAUACGUUUAUUAAACAGUUAUAAAUAAAAACACCAGUUAGCAGCAGAGCUGUCACUAUGAGUCAAAUUUCCCUCUUCCUGUUUUGUACUAGUCAUAUUUUUUUUAUGAAAUAAUAAUUAACCUCAUACUAUAAUAUUACAAUGCUAUGUACUAUUCUACAAUAAAUUGAAAUCCUUCCAAAAAAAAAAAAAAAAAUGGUUAAAUUUAAGCAGAUAGGGGUUGACAAUUGAAACCCCCAAAGGCACAUUCAUGAUACUAACGACAUAUAUAAAUUGUAAAAUGUCAUCCCCUGGCAUCAUUUAAGAUACAGACCCCUUUGGACUAAUUAACACUUAAUUAUGAGAUAAUAAUAGUCUUCUGCUGACUGCUUUGUUAACUUUAAAGACAUUCAAUAAAUGUUAAUAAUAAAUAAUAUUGUUUAGUGGAAAACUGAUUCAACGUCAAUGUUGGAAAACGGUUCAAAUGUUCUUAAAAUACUAAUUGACACUACUGCGUUUGAUAUAAAACUCGGGAGUGAACUUUCUCAAAUUAUGAAACCUAAUCCCAAAACAUGGAUAGCAUGUUUCUCACAAAUGAAAAAAAUUUAUGAUGAAGAAUGGGGUGGAUUUGGUAUGGCACCUAAAUUCCCUCAGCCAUCAAUACUAGAUUUCCUAUUCCAUGUUUCAUAUAAAAUGUCAAAAUCAUGGGAGGGAAAAGAAAGUUUAGAAAUGGCAUUGACAUCACUACAAAAAAUGUCAAUGGGUGGUAUACAUGAUCACAUUGGCCAAGUUAGUAUAUUAUUAGAACAAAUUAACAAUCCAAUUUACAAUAAUUAUUACUUUUAGGGUUUUGCUAGAUAUUCAACAGACGAAAAAUGGCAUGUACCACAUUUUGAAAAAAUGUUAUACGAUCAAGCACAGUUAGCUGUAUCGUAUACCAUAGCUUUUCUAAUAACCAAAGAUCAACAGUAUUCAGAUAUAGUUCAUGAUAUCUUGCAAUAUGUCAGUAGAGAUUUAAGUCACAAGGUACAGUUUUUGAUUUAAAAUAAAAUACAUUUUUUUAGCGACUACUCUACUUUAAUUUUUAAUAACCACAUAAAAAAAAGAAACAUCCUACUGCAUAUUCCAUCAGUAUGAUUAAAAUUAUAUGUUUUAUGAUGUAUGAUCAAUUUAAUACAUUUAAUAUUAAUUAUAUGUUUUAUAGCAAGGUGGAUUUUACAGUGCUGAAGAUGCAGAUUCAUUACCUACACCUGAAUCAUCUAAAAAACGUGAAGGUGCCUUUUGUACAUGGACACAAGAUGAAGUAAAGACUCUCUUGAACAAACCUCUAGAGUCAAAAUCGGAUAUUAAACUUUUCGAACUAUUUUGUUGGCAUUUUAGCAUUUUACCAAAUGGUAAUGUUCGACCAGACUCAGUAAGUGUACAUUAAUAAUAAAUAAGUUAAAAAAUAUGAAAGUCAAAUAUUUAUUAAUUGAAUAGGACCCUCAUGGAGAGUUAUUGGACCAAAAUGUAUUAAUAGAGUUUAGAAGUAAGGAAAAUACUGCUAAAAAGUACGGAUUAUCUGUAGAAAAUGUUAAAAAAGAACUAGAAAUUGCAAAAAGUAUACUAUUUGAAGCACGUCUAAAAAGACCGCGGCCACAUCUAGAUAAUAAAAUAAUAACUUCAUGGAAUGGUCAGUAUCCGAUUUAUUUAAAUAUGGUAUCUAUAAAGAUGAAACCUUAAUUAUAUUUACAUCAAAAUAUAUUUGUUAAUGAGUGCACUUAUUUAUUGGUUUUAGUUGUAACUUUUCAUGUUCAUGAUAAAUAUUUCACAACAAUAUAAUAAAUACAACUAUUUUUAGUAGUUUAUUUUACAAAAUUGUGAAAAUUGAAUGAGGCUUUAAAAUUAUCAUCUUUUGUUAUGAUUUAUAGGAUUAAUGAUAUCAGCAUAUGCAAAAGCAGCAUCAGCAUUAAAUGUUGACAAAUAUAAACAAAGAGCAGUUAUGGCUGCCGAAUUUCUUAAAAUGCAUUCAUGGGACUCGAGUACUAAUACUUUAUUACGAUCGUGUUAUGUAAAUGAAAAUGGAGAUAUUACUAACAUGUAAUUUUGUGUGUAAAUGUUUUAAAAGAUGGUAAUUUUUAAAAAGUAAAAAUGUUUAACUUCAGAGAAAAACCUAUUGCUGGUUUCCUCAAUGAUUAUGCUUUCCUCAUACGUGGUCUUUUGGAUUUGUAUGAGUCCACACUACAAUCGAAAUGGCUAGAAUGGGCUGAUAUACUCCAAGAGCAACAAGAUAAAUUGUUCUGGGACGAGGAGAAAUUUGGAUACUAUUCUUCUUCUGAUCAAGAUUCAAGUAUCAUUUUAAGAUUCAAGAGUGGUAAAUAAACAGUAAAUUAUUAUACUUGAAUACUAUAAUUUAAAUAAAAACCCUAUUUUCAGAUCAUGAUGGAGCAGAACCUUCUGGCAAUUCUAUUUCUGCAUUGAAUCUAUUAAAAUUAUCAAUACUGACUGGAAAACAUGAAUAUCAAACUAAAAUUAAUAAUUUAUUUCUAGCAUUUACUGGACGUUUAAGUGAUAGUUCAAGUGCUUUACCAAUAUUAGUGUCUGCUCUUACAUUGCACUGUGAUUCUAUCACUUCUGUUAGUAUAGAGUUCAUGAAUUUUUUUUUAGUUUUUAAUUUAUCAUUUUAUUUUAUUUGUUCAGGUAUACAUUACUGGUGACCUAGAAGAUCCUGAAAUGGAAGCAUUAUUGUCUGUAGUCAGACAACGAUAUAUGCCAGAUCUUCUUUUAGCUUAUGCUGAAAAAAAAUCAAUGUCGGAACUAGCUCAAGGUUUGGCAACUACAGAAAAUGGUAAAGUCGCGGCAUAUGUAUGUAAAAAUAAUACAUGCAAUUUACCUGUAUACAAUCCUGAUGAAUUGAUUGCAUUAUUAGAUGGGAAAGCGCCAAUCGCUUAGAGAAUAAUGUGUUUUUGGUUAUAGAACAUUAUAUAAUUGAAAAAUGUAUACAAGUUCAUUUAAUAGAUUUUAUUUUUAUUUGUAAAUUUUAAAUUUAUAUAUGUAAUAUCUGAGUACUAACUGUUAACAGCAGAAACCAGUAUAUUUUUAAACACCUUAAUAUUGUAUAUCUCAUAGGUUUAAUGAAAGGUAGACUAAAUAUUUUAUGAAUUCUAGAUAGAUAUUAUGUAGAGAAGUAAAUAAUGAGCAUAAUUUAUAAUAUUAAAUGCUUUUUGACAACUAUAGCUUAAGUGCGAAUACAGCACUAUAACUCAUGUAAGGCACAACAGUUUUAAAUUUAAUUCAGUUUGUAAUAAUUUUUACUUUAUACCUAAAGUAAAAAUUAAUGUAAUAACAAUUAUUUUAAAAUACAAUUAUUGGAUUAUUGAAACAAGGUAUUGAGUAAAAAAAAAACCUGUGUCCAAAUUAAAUAGUUUUAUAUAGUUAUUUAAGUAAAUGCAACAACUACUUGUACUAAGUACAAAUGAUCUACUAUUUUUAUAAAUCUGUUGUCAAAUGUUGACCAUGUUUAAUUCCGUAGUGUAUAAUUCUGUUUUCUAAAAAUGCCCAAGCCAUUUUUGGAGAAGAAAACCCAAUGCCAAUCUUUCCAUCUUUGGAAAUAACAAUGGCUCCUGCACUGCCACCCACACGUGAUGACAUAGACUCGCAAGCUUUCUGAGCUGCAAUAUUUGGAUCGUUGCCUAAAUAUUGAUGAAGUAAUUUAUAAUAACAUUAAAAUCAUCUUCUAAGUAAUCUAAGUUUGUGGUCGCAAACCAUUUUCCAAAUGAUGCAUUAUUUUGCUAGCCAAACAGUAGCGCAUUAUGCUGUCCCCAUGACCAGUGGUCGAAAUUGUACCCACUUCAUUGUUACAGUAACCACCUGCACCCGGAAUAGGAGUAUCGCCGACUCUACCAGCCAUUUUACCAGUUAUUCCUCCAGUUGAUGUACACGAAACCAUAUGUCCAUUAACAUCCAUACCGAUAGCACCAACAGUACCAACACUACCUCUACCAAUAUACAUACAUAAAAAAUAACAAUUAAAUCUCCUUACUAACGAGUUUUAUCCGAAUUAAAUUUACUGUCCGAUUUCUGUUGUUAUCGGUUGACUGCCCGACUUCAAAAAGUUGUCCAAUGCUAUUUUCGCAUGGCUCGUCAUCAGAUAAUCAUCCGGGACUGCUUCGAAUCCUGAUUUCACUGCAAAAUCAUUGGCGCUCUGGCCCAUUAAAAGUACGUGAGGGGUGUUUUCCAUCACUUUUCUGGCCAACGCAAUGGGAUGCGCAAUAUUUUUCACGCCGGUAACGCUACCUGCAAACAAAUAUUAAAUGCAUGACAUUUAAACAAUUGAAUAAUAUACUGUAUUAUUGUACAGAAAUA